AAUUGGAGCAAAACAGUAGCCUUGAUGCGUAAUCAAACAAUUAGUACUAUAAAAUAUACUCAGAGGAAAAAUACCACUAUCCUUUAUAAUUAGCGCGCCGUUCAAUCAAAGUGGAACUUUGUGAGAGUUUUGCUUUACAAGAAACUGAUGGGAUUACAAAGGAUCUAGAGUUUUAACACGAUUAGUGAGCUAACCUGAACUACAUAGGAAAGACGACCCAAGCUCCCAACUUUGGGGAGCUUUGGGGUAAUUUUCGGGAACUUCCCCAGACCUGGGGAAAUUUUUGUGUUUUUGUACCAUUUCUCCUAAAUUCCCCCAAAAUAGGUAAAGUUUUCCCUAAAAUUGGGAGCUCGGGGAUGUUAAACGCAUGAAUCCUCUCAGCCCAUAAUCCGUCUUCAGUCUACAGUAAUUAGAAUGUAUACAUCCUAACAAGGAUAUAUCCUUAUUAUAUGUCCACGGACCUACUAUAGUAGGUCUCGCCGAUCUGUCUUAUUGAAAGUGUUCACAGACAGGGCUUUGUUUAAAAAGAACAUUGAUAUUUCUCAUUACUGAGAUAAUUUUGUUGUUUCGACCGUUUAUCACGCGUUAAGAUUACUGGUUUCGCCUUAAUUGAAUAUUUUCGAGUUAGUGGUUACCAAAAGUAUCGUUUUUUCUAAAGCAAUUUGUCAUCUAUACUUUUGAGUACAUUGGUAAUUUUUGGAAACAAAAGCUCUAAGAAGGAAGUUCCUUCUGUCCCCUACCCGCCAAAUACCAACAAGUAGGGAAUACCACCAUCUCAAACGCCUAAAAACCUAGUCGCAAGGCUGGGUCUGUUUCUAGCAGGAAAAACAACAACCUGAAUACCCAUGUCAUCGACACUUAUCCAGGACUCCACAGUGUGUAUAUCGCUAGUGUGAUUGCUACUCCAAUCAAAGUUGAUGAAUGGGUAAGGAUCAAGAAUAAGAAACGACCUGGUGUUGCUAAAAAAAAACCAGCCUCCCAAACAGUAGCUGAAAAAUUAAAGACUGACCAUAGUGACAGGUUAGUUAUCUUCAAGUCAAAGAGAGUGAAUCUCAGAACCCAGAGCUCGUUUUGAACAUGACAUUGGGUUGAUAAAAGAUACUAAACCAACUAAUACCUCAAGAGAUCCUUGGGGUUACCUUGCUAAAGGUUUAUAAACUAGGUAGCCAAAUAAAUUGCAAAAGGUCUGGCGAAUUUUACGUGAAACAAUUUAUUUGGACGUCAAUGAGUAUUUGUGAAGCCAGAUGCAAAAUUAAAAUAUACAGUAAUUAGUAAUUCUAAAAUAAAUCUAAAUAAAUAUAUGAACACACGUACAUAGACACGACAAACCACUUUUAUUGUAUUUAUUACUCUUAUAUUUCAGAAGUUCCAUCGACAAUGCUUGAAAUUCAGGUUUUAGGAGAUUCAUUAAAUUAGUCAGUAUUCUUGAUUGAUUGCCGGUCCUGUCGUUCACUAACUUAUUUCUAAAUUCCCAUAUCUAAAGUAAUGUAUGUAUAUGUAUAUAAACUUUUGUGUUAAUUAGAUCAGUGAAUAACGUAUUACGGAAGUUAGAAAGAGGAUGCCACCUUUCUGUUGCCUACAUCGAGAAAGGUUGCUUAUUCAUUUGGCACUUGAACAUGAAGCUGAAGUAGUUUUGAUCGUAACUACUAAGGGGCGUGAUAGCAGAUCUGCAGAGAUAACUGCUCGAGGCUGGUUUCAAAACUUAUUUGUGAUGAGUUAUUGGGUUUCGCCCUGUACUUAGUAGGCUUUGCCUCCGAGAUUUUAGGUAAGGUGUAAUAUGUUUGGAGUCUACCUUUUCUGAACCUUUCCUUCUGUUAUGAGAGGCCAGCUCAAUUGCAGAUCCAUGUUGUUUAAAGAAAACACCUGACUGCCACAACACAGUAAAGUCGACAGUAUGGUUUAACCCUAGGGCGUCAAGUUCUUGCCUUUAGUCUUGAUUUUCUUCAUCCGACCCACCUGACGUUAUAGGACCUAAAGAAAUAAGUUUUCAAACAGGUAUAAGCCGAUUGGAUCAUAGAUAAACAUGAGUACCAUAUCAAGGCAGUAGGUACGAUACGGCCAUUUUAUUCAACUUCACGAUGAAACCUCACUUUCUUUGUUGUAUAGCUUCUCAAAAAUGUUAUCUGAGCUAAUUGCUUAAAACAGUUCCUGUUCUAAUCAUUACUAGAUACUGCAAAUUAUCUACAAACAGCUGCAUUAGGUUUAUUUUCGCUAUUUACUUUUUUAUUCUCUUACUAUCCUGACCGUAAUAACCUGAAAGAUUAUAUAGCAUAUAAGCGAUUCGGAAACGACCCUUUUAAUGAUUUACUGGCUUCUAAACAUUCCCGGAAUCCUCUGAAAUACUCAAGUUCAUUUCCAAUCCAACUCGGCCCUAGGGGGAAUAACUGUAAAUUAAAGGUAUAAUGCAAUAAACCGAACUGCAGGCGUAGCGUCUACUCCUUACGAGUAGUCAAGUUUUUGACCUUGUUACUAGCUGAAGUCCUCUAGGCGAAUCCUCAGGAGUCAUUCAAAAGGAACUUUGUUAUAUUCAUAAACCUAGGUCUCUGCCUGGAGCCAUCGGUUAUCCAUUGCUACUAGAUAUGUACGCUCGUUAGACAGAAACUUUUAUUCUAUUUUCAACUGUAUAGACCAUCUGAAAUAUAUCCACAAAAUGCUUCCAUUUUUCCUCAAACGGUAUGUCUAUACGCUACAAAAUAUUGCUUUUUCAAGCUUACUACUAAGUAAAGUUUUUACUCUUCAUCAUUUCUUGAAGCAUACAUGAUAUCUCCUUGAUCAUCAGUGGUACUUCCGUAGUACUUACCAUUUUCAUUGCUAGAAUCUGAUUUUAGUCUUUCACAAGAUUUCUAGUUUUUCUUUGUGUUUCAUUGAAAACCUGUUUCCCUUAAUUUUCAUGCCAAAAUAACAAAAUAUUUCCCACUUGUUUGAUUUAAUAAUGUAAUUUACUCAAAUAUUCAUUUUUAGAAAGUUAGCAGUUAUACUGUCACUAAAUUUAUGUAAUGUAAUAAUAACUGAGACAAAUUUCUCUUUUUUUAGUAAUUCCACAUGCAGCAUGGAUAUACCGUGUAAACCUUUAGCAUGUAAAAUUCAAAGUUGUUUAAUUAGGAAUGAUUUCGAUGUUACUCGAUGUACAAGAGAAAUAAUUUCACUUAUUGAAUGCUGUCAAAAAUUUCGACAUAUUAAACAGCCAUGUUGUGAAGGUUGGGAUAAUUACAGAUACAAACUUGAUAAUCAAACGAAAACGAACUAAACGAAAUCAAUAUUUAUGUAGUCUCUUUUCUGUUGGUAUUUCAUCUUUUCGACGAAAAAAAGAAUAUGAUCGUCAUCUCAAUCCUUCUGAAUUUUUUAAAAGUUAUGGCUAUAAUUGUAUUCUCAUUUGUCUAAAAGAUAUUUCAUUUGAUACAAGGAUUCGUUUCAUCACCCUUGUGUACUUGUUAUUUUAUAUAUCACACAAUUUUGACUGAUUGAUCUGUAUAUGAUAUUCUUAGUCACUUAACUAAACAGAAUAUAGUUGAAGGUUAACUGAUGAAUGGAAUUGGUUAAAUACAUUUUACCCUUAAUGUCUGAC